AUGGGGCGCGUUUUCUUUCUUUUGGGAUUUCUUAUUUUCUUUCUUUAUUGUAUCUUUUUUGUUUAUUAUUUUCCCCCUAUUUUUCCUUUUCUUCAUUUUUUCAUUCAUCCCUGUUUACUUUCUUUCAUUUUUUUCAUUCAUUUUCGCUUGCUUUCAUUUUUUGUUUAUUCUUCCUCUUUUCUUUCAAUUUUGACGCUAAUUUUUCCUGAUUUCUUUCUUUCAUUAACUCAUUCUUUUUUCAUUUUUCUUCUUUCCUUUCAUUCGCGGAAUGGACUUAGCACUUUUUAUUCGAGAUUUUUCUGUAAUAUUUUAAAUCAUUUGUCUCGUCUUCUUUUUUCUUUCCCUUUUUCUUUGCAUUAUUUUCAUUUCUCUUCUAUCUAUCUAUCUCUCUCUCUCUCUCUCUCUCUCAUUCUUUCCUUCGCUCUAUAUUUUUUAUUAUUUAUUCUAUCGUUUACUAUAGUUUGCUUCUUUUUCUUUUAUUUUUUAUCAUCUUCUUCAUUGCUUUUUGUGUUAUUUCUUUUCCUUUCUCUUUUCUUUUUGCCUCCUGCAAUCGUUGAUGAUGAUGAUGAUGAUGAUGAUGAUGAUGAUGAUGAUGAUGAUGAAAUCGAAAUGCUCAUUUAA